AUGUUUUCAAAUUUGGAAUCGAGACUCCGUCGAGCCAUGGACUCAAGGAGGGGAAAGAGGGAAACCUAUAAGGAAACGGAGAAUAAUGAAUUAGUUCAUCAAUCCAUCAGUACCAGCGAAACAGCAAAAGCAACAAACCCUGCUUUGAAGACACUAGAACAACCGAAUGCAGAUCCAACUUCUAUCAAGGUCGAAAUAGUUUUGAUGGACGAGAAGAGCGAGCGAAAAGCAAGGCCACCCCACAAGAGAACUGAUAAAAUUGAUCGUUCUCAACAACAGUUGUUGUUAUUGAAACAAAAAGACCCUGCAGAGGAAGUAUAUCCAUCUUUGCGUCUAUCUAGUGAGCUAAGCAUGGAUAUAUAUACAUCUGGUGACAUGAUCGAGGAUAUGAAUGAGGAGGAGUUGCCCUAUACUUCCUCAUCGGCUCCAUCUGCGCAUUUGACACAUAAUAUCCUCCACCUGAUAACUUGGGAGCUACCAUAG